CACAGGGCUGGGCAGGACAUUGUAUGUCGGGUAAUGGCUGGUUUGUAAAUCGUGCCCUUGCAGCGCGCUGGGCAGAGUGGGGCCGCUCACUCCCCGUGCCAUGCUGCACUGUCCCCAUGGGGGCCCAUCAAUCUUUGGCGCUGGGCCCACAAAAGGUUAAUCCAGCCCUGCGUGGAGUGGGAACACCUACAGCCCGGGCGCUGGGAGGAGCAGACGUUCCCCCGUCACGUGUGUUACUGUCUCUUUAAGACGGGGCAUUUCAACCAUUGCCUGCAGCGCCGGCUCAGUAGAUUCGACAGCCCGGGACCGGAGGUGGGGUGUGUGGCGAAUCUUAGCUGGGUGACAGAGCGAGAAGGUGUCGGCGGGAAGAGCGCGCGGGCCGGAAGGUUCCAGGCGUGACUUUACUGAAUGGAUCCCGAGCCCUUUGAAGUCGGACAUGCGGUCCAAGAAGCUAUCAACAUCCUUUCCUCUUCCAGGAAUGGAGUCCAGAUCUCAGAGGCGCUUGGCACAAUUAAGUGCUACCUAGGUGGAACUGAAAACCAAGCCCCUCUGAAGGAGAGGGAAGAAUUUACCCGUGUGCAUUUUUCUGCCUUUCUGCGAGGUCUUGUCAGUAACCUGAGUCCAGAUUGGAUAGAACUUCUUACCUCUGAUCAGCAGAAGGAAUUAUGGGAUAGCUUUUUCUUGGAAGGGCCAGCUGACCAAGUCUUUCUGGUUCUGCUGGACUCCAUCAUUUCUACGGGUCCCAGCUUUCGCCUGAUGAAGGUCAUUAGCAUCCUGGAACAGUUUCUGCAGACGGGAGGCAUGUCGGCUCUGAUGUGGGAGGUCUGUCAUCAGCAGGCACAGGCUGGUUUACCCACGUUUCAAGAGACCCUCCUCAACAAGGUUGUGUGUCUGCCUGACCACUUGUGCAACAAGCUCCAGGGGAAUAACCUGCCUAUAUUCUUCCCACAAAACUAUUUCCCUCUGCUGGCUACUGAAAUCAUCCAAGUGUUGCAGAGGAUCUCUGACUCAUUGAGAGGUGGCUUGGACUGUUCUAUCUCCUUCGUGUCUCAAGUGCUGGGGAAGGUAUGCGUGCAUGGGAGACGAGAAGAAAUUCUGAAUGUGUUGGUGCCACGCCUAAUGGAUCUCACCAAGGUGGACUGCAUCUGGCAGAGGAUGUGCUGGCGACUGGUCGAGUGUGUGCCAGAUCGUUGGAUAGAAGCAGUGGUUUGCGGCUUUAUUCAGAAAGCACCAGGGGCGGAUGUCUUGUCACGAUUACUGGGGAAUCUGGUUGUGAAAAACAAGAAAGCUCAGUUUGUGGUGACCCAGAAACUACUACUCCUGCAGUACAGCUAUGUGACUGCAGUGCUGCAGAACCUCCUUGGAUACCUGGCCCUAGACAGCCUUCGACGUUCCUUAUUGAUCAAAGUGCUGAAAGAACUCCUGGAGACCUGGGGCAGCAGCAGUGCUGUGAAACACUCUCCAGUUGAGCAACAACUGUAUGUUAGCAAGGCCAUCCUGAUCUGCCUCUCCCACCUGAAGGAGCCUGAAAUAGAGAGCAACGGACAAGAGCUUCUCACCAGCAUGAUGGGAGGGAUGAAAUGCCACCUGGACAGCAACUUGCCACGGGUUCGGCGUCUGGGAAUGAUAGUGGCAGAAAGCAUCAGUUCCAGAAUAACUACAGAUGGGCCCUGCCUGAAAUUCCAGUAUGAAGAUGAUGAUGAGACCAGAGAGCUAAAGUCUCUCCAGCAGACAGCCCGACUACAGCUCCCUGUCACCGACCUGCCAAAUGCUGGCAGGAAUGACAGUCCAUCUGCGACACCAAAAGCUGUGUCAAAACGAAGUGGGAACCCACACCCAGCAGCCUCUGCAGUUCCAGAGGAGGAAUCUGACUUGGAACUUGACAGUGAUGAUGACCUCAUUCCUUAUGACAUGUCAGAGGAUAAAGAGCUGAGGAAAAUGAAAGCUCCUGUCUAUAUCCGAGACUGUAUUGAAGUCCUAACUGGAUCUGAAGACAUGGACAAGUGGGAAGCUACAAUGAAGGUUUUGGAGAGUCUGAUUCGAAGGAAUUCAGCUACUACAAGAGAGGUGAGCAUGGAGCUGGCUAAAGUACUGCUGCACCUGGAGGAAAAGACCUACAUAGAAGGCUUUAUGGAGCUCCGUAAGAGAGCCCUAGUGGCUGUCACCAUCACAGAUCCAGUGCCAGUGGUGCAGUAUCUGACCUCCCAGUUCUAUUCCCUGAACUACAGUCUCUGUCAGCGCAUGGACAUUCUGGAUGUCCUAGCUUUGGCUGCUCAGGAACUCUCUCAGCCCCAGGCCUCUGGGAAAAAUAAGCCCCGCAGCACCCAGAGUCCCUGCACCCUGACUGUCCCUUGCAGUGACAGCUCCCAGAACUGGAGAAGGAUUGUGGAUGAGAGGAUCAAAAGCAAGACGCACCGUUUGGCGAAGAGUCAGUCUCUAGUGGAACCGGCUUGUGGCCCAAACAAAUUCAGUUCUUUAGCUGGACAUUUCUUCUUCCCCCUGAUUCAGAACUUUGACAGGCCUCUGGUGACCUUUGACCUUUUGGGAGAUGAUCACCUUGUGCUAGGAAGGCUGGCUCACACUCUUGCAAUCUUGAUGUACUUUGCCAUCCAUACUGUGGCAGCUGCUGCCAUGGGAAAAUCACUGCUGGAGUUCGUCUGGGCCCUGCGCUUCCACACAGAUUCGUAUGUGCGUCAGGGCCUCCUGUCCGCAGUCUCCUCCAUCCUCCUCAGUAUCCCUAGUGAGCGGCUGCUGGAGGACAUGACAGAUGAGUUCCUGGAGACACAGUCCUGGCUGGCAGAUGUAGCAGAGAAGGACCCAGAUGGGGACUGCAGGAGGCUGGCCUGGCAGAACCUGCUGCUAAUGGAGAACUUGCUAAAAAAACUCAGAAGUGUCCCUUCCUAGUUGUGGGGAGGAAUUGAAAACAGAGGUGACCUCCACCUAACACACUUGCCAGCUGGCUGUUCAUAGGCACUGCUGGGCUCCUUCACCAAUCACCAGGCUGGAGAAGAAAAGGGGCAGGGUGUACAGCUAAAGCCAGGGAGCCCGACUUGACACCUGGACAUUGUAGUGGGGGCCAACUUAGUGAGCUAUUUGCUAUCCGGUACGGAGUGUACAGAUGCAGGAAAAUGGACUAGUGCUGCCAUCCUCUUUACACCUCCCCCUCUCCAACACACUCUGCACCAGCUAUUUAUAGCCUUGGCAGAGUUGAAUGUUCAGCUAAAAAUAUAAUGAAGACCUCACAGCAGACUUCUCUUCAGGAAAACAGGAGGAGUGGAUGUGGCCACUUACCUCACGGGGCCAGCUCCAUGGUAUCCCUGUAGUGAAGGGUUAAGGGUCUCCCAGCAGUCAGCCUUUGGCAGACAAGUUACCAGCCUCCUGGUAGGGAUCAUAGAUGAGGGUUGGAAGAGACCUCAGGAGGUCAUCUAGUCCAACCCCCUGCUCAAAGCAGGACCAAACCCAACUAAAUCAUCCCAGCCAGGGUUUUGUCAAGCUGGGCCUUAAAAACCUCUAAGGA